AUGGCAGGUCGUGGUGGGUCAAAAAUAAGAGACAUCCAAAAUUCAACAAACACUAAAAUACAGAUAAUGAAAGGGUAUCAGGAGGCCGAAGUCAAAAUUUUUGGAAGCAAGGUAAGGCAGACAAAAGCAAAAGCAGUGAUAGAUACUCUUGUUAAAAGACAAGAAGAAAACUACAGUUCAGAUUCCAGAGAUGCUGGAAGAAGUGUAAGCACAGAUGACCAUGUUGACACAGAAGAUGAGAUAGACUGGGACCAAAUUCGAGAAGAUGCUUUGAAAUGGAAAAAGCAGAAGUGGGCAGACUUGCCUCCAAUUAAGAAAAACUUUUAUGUAGAAUCAGCAGAAACAAGCUCAAUGUCACAAGUGCAAAUAGACACUUGGAGGAGAGAAAAUUUUAAUGUAAUGUGUGAUGACUUGAAGAAUGGUGAAAAACGUCCUAUCCCUAAUCCUACCUGUAAAUUUGAGGAUGCUUUUAAAAGUUACCCUGAAGUGAUGGAAAACAUAAAAAGGGCAGGCUUUCAAAGUCCAACACCAAUUCAGUCCCAGGCGUGGCCAAUAGUUCUUCAAGGAAUAGAUCUAAUAGGAGUAGCCCAAACUGGGACCGGGAAGACGUUGUCCUAUUUAAUGCCUGGAUUUAUUCAUCUUGACUCUCAACCAGUAGCUAGAGAUAAAAGAUUUGGACCUGGCAUGCUAGUCCUUACGCCUACUAGAGAAUUAGCUGUUCAGGUGGAAGCUGAAUGUUCUAAGUAUUCAUAUAAAGGUCUGAAAAGUGUAUGUAUAUAUGGUGGUGGAGAUAGAGAUGGACAAAUCCAAGACCUUACAAAAGGUGUGGAUAUCAUUAUUGCCACUCCUGGACGAUUGAAUGAUCUGCAAAUGAAUAAGUUCGUCAACCUGAAAAGCGUAACCUAUUUGGUUUUAGAUGAAGCAGACAAGAUGCUGGACAUGGGAUUUGAACCCCAGAUAAUGAAGAUUUUAUUAGAUGUGCGUCCAGACAGGCAGACUAUUAUGACAAGUGCAACCUGGCCACCUGGUGUCCGUCGACUUGCAGAGUCUUAUUUGAGAGACCCCAUGAUUGUAUACGUUGGCACCUUGGAUCUAGUUGCUGUAAGUACUGUGAAGCAAAAUAUAAUUGUUACCACAGAGGAAGAAAAGCGCAGUCAUAUUCAGAUUUUCCUAGAGAGCAUGUCUCCCAAGGACAAAGUCAUUGUGUUUGUCAGCAGAAAGGCAGUUGCUGAUCACUUAUCAAGUGACCUGAUCCUCCACCGCCUGUCAGUCGAGUCUCUUCAUGGCAACAGGGAACAGAGCGAUCGAGAGAAAGCGCUGGAGAACUUUAAAACAGGUAAAGUGAGAAUACUGAUUGCUACUGACUUAGCCUCUCGAGGGCUUGAUGUCCAUGACGUCACCCAUGUCUAUAAUUAUGAUUUUCCUCGGAACAUUGAAGAAUAUAUCCACAGAGUAGGGCGCACUGGAAGAGCAGGGAGAAGCGGUGUGUCAAUUACUCUCAUCACCAGGAAUGACUGGAGGGUUGCCACUGAGUUGAUUAAUAUUCUGGAACGAGCAAACCAGAAUGUUCCAGAGGAUCUUGUGUCAAUGGCUGAGCGAUAUAAGGCAAAUAAACAGAAAAAGGAAAUGGAAAAAAAAUUAGGAAGACCUCCAGGAAAACCCCAGAAGUUUUAUUAUUAAUGUGGUACCAUUGAAAAGUGGCACCAGACCACUAGAGGAUUCAAGAUUUUUAUAAGAUAAUUUGUUAUUUAAGUCAUGGACAUAUUGGCAACAUGCUGGCAGUAUGAAGAGAUUUGACUGAUUCUUAAAAUAAUAGUGUUUAAAAUGUAGAAUUCAAUAUUUUAUACUUUCUUUAAUAAAAUCAAAAGUGUUUAGAGUGAAACAUUUUUUAAUGGAUGUAUAACAAAGUGUUUAUUUCAUUUCAACCUUUUUACGGAGAAAACCCAAAAAGUAAAAUAGUCUCCUGUAAUACUGUAUUGUUCUUGUUCAGAUGUUGUUGGGGA